CAGACACGGAAGUCUGUCACAUUUGUUCAGUGUUUGUUGUUCUGAUAUUUCAUUAUCUCUUAUCUGUUUAUCAAAAAUUAAACAUAAAAUACGUUGAAUAUUGUGAUAUAUGGUGUUUCAAUCAAGUAGGUAGCAGAUUCAAGUCGAUUCACUGCUGGUAAUGUAGGCGGAAGUUUUGUGGCACUGACGUCAGGCUGCAGCCCCUGGGGGAGAUGGAGGAGCUGUACACUUUAGAGAGGGAGGUGGGGAGAGGCAGCUAUGGCGUGGUGUUUGAGGGCCAUAUGGCCAAAACAGGACAGAGGGUGGCCAUCAAGCGUCUUCCCUGCAGCAACCCUGAGUGCAUUGAGCUGUACCUGCAGGAGCUGUGGGCCAUGAGAGCCACUGCCAAGAACCACGUCAACGUCAUCGCACUGCACAGCUGCCUCCUGCAGACCGGGCCAAGGAGCCUGAAGCCCCUCAAAGCAGGAAAACUGCCUCCACGUCUGGUUGAGAGUGUGCUGAAGGGCAGUGUAGUCAAAACACCACAAAAUCCGGAGGGGAAUAACACCCAGCCGAGAACUAACACUGUCUCAAGACUUCAAGACAGGACCAACACUGUGCAGGCCAGACCUACGCUCCAGGACAAGACUAAAUCUGACUCUACGACCCCACAAAGGCCUCACAACAGAUCCAGGAAGAGGCCGUUUGAGAGCGAGGAGGAGCAGCCGGGCCCCCUGAGCUGCCUGGCCCUGUGGCUCGUGAUGGAGUACUGUGACGGGGGCGACUUGAAUCAGUACCUGCUCUCCAGGCCGCCGGACCCCCAGAGGAACCACAGUGUGGUGAAGCAGCUCUGCAGCGCUGUGGCCUUCCUGCACAGCCUGGGCAUCACACACCGGGACCUGAAGCCGGACAAUGUGCUGGUGUGUGUGACGCCCAGAGGCCCCAUCGUGAAGGUGGCAGACUUUGGUCUGAGCAAGAUGAGUGGGGGGGUGGUGGACGGAGAGCUGACCCGGCAGCACUUCUCCUCCACCUGCGGCUCUGAUUUCUACAUGGCUCCAGAGGUGUGGGGCGGACUCACCUACACGGCCCAGGCUGACAUCUUCUCCCUGGGGGUGAUGUUCUGGGCCGUCCUGGAGAGGAUCACCUUCCUGGAGGAGGGCGCCACGCAGGAGCAACUGGGUGCCUACGUGUGUAAGAGUCGCUGGCUGAUUCCUCUGGGGGAAGCUUUGUGGGAGAACAACGACCUCCAGCUGUGCAUCCCUAUGAAGUUUAAGAGAGCCCCCCCGCUGCCACCCCCCCCCGGCCCGGCCAUGUGCACCCUGCUCUCAGACAUGCUGGCCUCGGACCCGGACGCUCGGCCCCCGGCGGAGCAGCUGGAGGCCAGAGUGCGCUCGGCUCUGGAAGAGGACUCCCACUGACAGAGGGGCACUUAAGAGACCCCAGAAGCUGCUCUCAGAACAGCCACUACACGGAAAUAUGGGCCGCGGACCCUCUGACGUGUGUAAGCAAUACCCACUUAGCUGCCACAGGGAGGUAGCAGAAGAAAUAUGUUUGACGACAUUGGAUGGAAGGUGCUUUCCUUGUCACGGAAACACAAGCUCAAUGUCUAAUGUUCAGGAAACCACAGAAAGGGAAGUCCACGAAACACGCAAUGAUAUUCAAACAGGUCAAUAAAGAGAUCUGGAGGGAGUUGUUAUUCUAUGCUUGAUGUAAGCGCCAUGAAGCUUGACAUAGAAAAUCGAUUUUGGUGUUUACAUAUGGCUGAAAUGUCAAAUGAUUACUGCUCCGUUUUGUCAGGGCCAGCUGUGUUUUGGUGACUUCUGUCAGCUUUAUUUCUUAAUUAAGUUUGACAUUACUUGUAGAUAUUGAGCCUUUUUCUGUUGAAAAAUGCAGCUUAUUGUACAUUAAGGUGUUUCUUGAUUUCUCAUAUAUUUUCACCACACAUUGAUUGUUACAUGGAUCCACAACAAAUAUUCGUAAUGCAUUCCAACACUGUGAUCCGUUAAUAAAUACUACUAUUGUGAAACGGAA